UUUGACCAUAUGAAAAGUAGUACAUUUUAAAACUUUGCGGUCUAAAACGAGAAAAUGAAAAUUUCAUCGAUCAUUUCGAAAUUAUCCCAACCAGAAUAAUUUCCAUUUGUAAAAUGUGGUUAUCGAAACUUACAAAACUAACGCCCAUGCUCUCCUCUUCCUUCUCAACUCAAUCAUUCCCAAGAAAAGCUCUCUUCGUUUCUGCCAACUCUGCUUCCAUCCGGCUUCGACCUCUCUCUCAAAACUUACCCGAAAUGGACGCGGACAAAAGUCAAUCCAAAUCGAUCAGCGAAGCCUCCGAUCGGCCCACGGACCACCGCUUCCAAAACGUCGUCGUCAUGCGCCACGGCGACCGCAUCGACAACUUCGAGCCCCUCUGGACAUCGCAAUCGCCGAGGCCGUGGGACCCGCCUCUGGUCGAAGAGGGCAAGGUCCGGGCCUUCUGCACCGGUACCAAGCUCCGAUCGGGUCUCGGGUUUCCAAUCCACCGCGUUUUCGUCUCGCCAUUCGUGCGAUGCGUCGAGACCGCCGUCCAAGUCGUCACCGCCCUCUCCGCCACCGAAGACCCGUCUCUCUCCAAAUACGAGAGCGAUCAGCCCGUCCCAGUCGACCCCUCUAAGCUCAAGGUAUCAAUUGAAUAUGGGUUAAGUGAGAUGCUAAACAAAGAGGCGAUUCGCGGUGAUUUGGCUCCGAAAGAUGGACAAUGGGGCUUCAACAUUGCAGAUCUUGAGGCUAUGUUCCCGGCUGGGACAGUGGAUCAAACUGCGGAACGGGUGUACAAAGAGCUGCCUCAGUGGGGGGAGAGCGUGACGGGCGCCCGGGCUAGAUAUGUUCAUGUCAUUGAGGCUCUUGCUGACAAAUACCCUACAGAAAACUUGCUCCUUGUCAGUCAUGGUGAAGGAGUUGGUUCUUCAAUUUCUGCCUUCCUGGAAGGCGCCACAGUAUACGAAGUAGAAUACUGCGCAUAUUCAGAACUAAGAAGGCCCAUAAAAAACCGGUCAUCAGCUGCAGGAAAGUUUGAGGUAAUGGUAAAUCGUGGCCGGACUGGUGUCAGUUACUCACUCCCAACCUCUGGAACAUAAGAGUAACAAGACUGCAGUGUAAUAAUCGCAUUCCCUUUAGCACGUUUGACUGCAUUUUUACCCCCAAACUCCUCUUGUCAAAGAUCAUUCCAGGGUUACUGGAUUUACAAAUUAAUCAGACAAUAGUUUUCUUCAUUUGUUUUCGCAACUUCGGAAUUCCCAUGUAUUUGCUACCAGACCAUAAAGGGUCCGGUUAGAAGGAAAUGAAACGAUAGAUUCCUUUGUAUCAGAACCAGAAUGAUCACAUUCUGCUUUAAACAUUGAUAAAUGAAAUUGUGAUUUACCAGAACUAUUGAUCU